CCGUCUGACAGAAACUAAGCAGGAAUAACCGAACCGAAGCCUGGAAGCCAACUCUUCCCCCCCUCCUCCUACACACAGAACACCGGCGACUAAACUCUUCCACCCCAGCAGAAUGAAAGCAAUAAGCCCCGUUCGGUCCUUCCGGAAAACCAGCACAAAUUUCUCGGAGCACUCCCUGGGAAUCUCCCGGAGCAAGACCCCGGUGGACGACCCGCUCAGCCUGCUCUACAACAUGAACGACUGCUACUCCAAGCUGAAGGAGCUGGUUCCCAGCAUCCUGCAGAACAAGAACGUCAGCAAGAUGGAAAUCCUGCAGCAUGUCAUCGACUACAUCCUGGACCUGCAGAUCGCGCUGGACUCCAGCCUGCAUCACCCCUCGGCGCGGCCGGGGCAGAGCGCGUCCAGGACCCCUCUGGAAAUGGAAGCAUUGGCUGGAGUCAGCUCAUCUUCACUCGGGGUUCUGGAAGAAGCCAUGGACGCAAGAAAUGGACUGAACUUUGAAUUAGAGAACGAGGAAGGAUCCAGUCUGUGGGCUGCCGAAGAUAUGCAGUGGGAGCCACGCAGUCUCCUAGAUGCCAAAGCCCCAGAGGAUGAAAAACAAGCAGGAGACCAGAUCUGGGCAGAAAAAGGAGGGCAGGAUAAUCCAGAGGCUGCUGCCAAAGGUGGUGUCGAGGAGAUGCUCAGAAUUCGGAACUAG